AUGGUCCAAACACUCAGACGCCGCAAUGCCGCCAACGAAACAAACGGCACUACUAGCACCAGCGACAAGCGCAAGAGACCGGCGACUCGAGAUGGAACCCGUGUUCGUCUCACGGACAAGAUGAAAGCUGCCGUCACUGUACGUGAUAGUGGAAUCAAAAAGGUGACCAUAACACGCAAGAAGCAACAACAGCAAGCCAAAAGAACAUCCACCCGAAACAAAACUUCUUCUGCUUCUGCCACUGUCAACAAGCCGAUCGAAUCCAUCCGCGACUUCAAGAAGAUCGAGGGCCAAACAUACUAUCUUGUCCAUCGCACCGGCAGUGACCCUACUCAAGACACUUGGGAGGCCGAGCAAACGAUCGAAUCGUUGGAGAUCUUGGGCGCUUUCCGCGAACGCGUUCAAACAGCUUCCGGCUAUACUAUCGACUUCGACAACACCGUUACUACCAACGAAACGUCAACGACUAACACCAAUGUCCGUCGGUCGACACGUACGAGCAAGACGCGUGCUAUGCUUCGCAUGACAGAGCCUAUUGACAUUGAUAGCAGCGGCAGUGACGAUGAAGUUACCACCGCAUCACGUUCCUCCAAGAAAGGAAGUACUACCACUCGAAAGAAACGCAGCAACAGCGAGUCCAGUGGCAAACCAGCUGCACCAAAGAAACUUCGUGGCCAGGCAGCACGCAAGGCAGCCGAGGUGGAAGAACGUCAACGACGCAUGGAGGAACGUGCGACCAAGACGGAUGCUGCAAUUGUAGGCAUUGACGAAACUGACUGUUGUUUGCGCUGCAGCAUCUUUCUGUAUCGUCAAGCUGUCGAGAAAGACAAUUUGGAAUUGCUCAAGGCUGCAGUGGAGGACAAGGAGCAUGUGCCAUACUGGGAGAAGGAAGAUUGCCAGCACUGGAGCGACAUGGUGGUGGCGGCGGCUAUGCUCAAGGGAAAUAAGGAGAUUGUUGGUCUUUUGUUGCAGAGUCAAGAAAACGGACGUGUCCAGGUUCCGACCAAAUACAUGCAGUAUGGCGGAAGCACAGGCUAUGUGAGCCGCUUCACUUUUGGUCACGCUGUCAGCAAGGUGAACGAGUCGCGUGGCAACCGUCAGGGAAACUCGGCAUUUUACCGAAACAGUCAAAAGAAUCUCAUGGCGGUGGAUAUUUCCCGCUUGAACGAGUCGCUCAUUUCUAUCAACGUCCUGGAAGCUUUGCAAAAUACAGCGCUGGAUCCAGAUAUGGCGGAUUUCGUCAAAAGUGCAACCAACCUCGUCCGCGGCUGCAGCAUGUUCAUGGAACAGAAGGGCUUUUACUAUUGCGUGGCAUCAGGAAACUGGAACGUCGCUGGAAGUAUUAUCAAUCACAUCCAGUAUCGCUCAGGAUUCAACACGGUACACACAAACGUACUCAGCUUCAAGAAUGGUGAACCGCUCGAAACGUAUCGUCGCAACCAGAUCUUGAAAAAGUCGUUCGAUUCUGGCUCUAUCACGCCUCUGGAAUGUGCUGCGAUCCAUCCUUCAAGAGCAUACCUCAAAGAACUGUUUGAACAACUCACCCCUGCUGAACGUAUUGAGACCGAUGAAUUCGGUCGUACCAUUGCUCACUUUGCCGCGGCCAGCACGACGCCUGACUGCCUCGAGUACCUGAUCGAGCAGGACUUCCCAUUCUCGUCUGGAGACAAGUUCAAGUUGACCCCACUCAUUCAAGCAGCUCGUUUCGGCCGGCACCAAAAUAUUCGUCCGUUACUCAAGCAUUUAAGUAAAACAGAGAUGCCAAACACCGAGUUCGCAGAUCAAACGCUCCUUCGCCAACGCUGGCGCCCGCUUCAUUAUGCCGCCUACUUUGGUCACCCGGAAACCUGUCGUGAAUUAAUUGAUUGUGGUGCUACCUUGGAGGCUAUCGAAAGCACUUUACGUGCGACGCCCCUCUUGUUUGCUGCGCAGCGUGGUCACCUCGAAUGUGUCAAGGUUCUUGUGGAACACGGUAAGGCAGAUCCAGAGGCAGUCGACAAGUAUUCCCGUACCGCACUUCAUGUGGCUAGCAUCAAUGGCAAGUACGACGUUGCCAAAUAUCUGUUGCAAAUUGGUGUCGAUGCCAACGCUGCGGACACAUCUGAAAACAGACCUAUCCACUAUGCUGCGGGCUUUGGUUACCUGCGUCUGUUACGUCUCUUGAUUGAGGUUGGUGGUGCCGAUCCAGCCGCCCCCAAUGUGUGGAGAACGACCGCUUGCUCCGUCGCCAAUCUCAAAGGCCACAUUUCUAUUGUCCAAUACCUGUUGACCGAGUGCAACAUUGAUGUCAAUUUCAAGGAUCAAGACGGCAAAACCUUGUUGCAUCAUUGUGUGGAGGAAACUGUGACUAGUAAGCUGGAAGCCGAACAGUCGCUUCGAAAAGCCCGUUUGCUUAUUUCCAAGAAUGCUGAUCCGAAUUUGCAAACUAUCGAAGGUAACACCGUCCUCCAUAGUUUUGCUAUGGGUUAUUUCAAUGCACAUCGCCCUGCUGGCUGGAAAGAAGAAGACCAGGAGGGCAACGAGCUCGUGAAGCCAUUGGAAUAUGAUGACAUGGACGGUAUCAAUUACAGUCGACAAAUGGCCCAACUUCUUCUGGAAGCCGGUGCAAACCUGGGCAUCAAGAAUAAUGCAGGCGACACUCCUUUGGCGCAUGGUAUCCUUCAUAAUAAGGAUUAUGUGUUUGAUAUCUUCAUUGAACGAGGUGCCAUCUACUGGGAUACCAUGACGUCCUCUGGUGUUACCUUUUUCCAAUGUCUGUUUGCAAAUGCGAGUGAGCUGGAUUCCUUCAACACGCGACGUGAGAUAGAUCGUGUGCGCAACAGUCGAUAUGAAGUCAUGAUCAAGGGCAUUUGGGAAGCGAUUGUAAAACAUCCAGCCCCGGCAGAUGCUAAUACCAACAUCAAUACCCCUAACUCGGCUGGUUUUACCGCAAUGUUGGCAUCUGUCCAGGAAGUGUGCGAAACUCAAAAAAAGCAUGUCAAAAAAGAGAAGGAGCGUAUCAAGAAACGAUUCACCUUAGCCUCCAAAAGUUAUGCACAAGGUGAAAACUCUGAUGAAAGUUCAGCCCGAGAAGAGGCUGUCUUUGAGUUCCGUUUCCAUCAUUGGUUGGAUAUGGCAACCAAGAUUGUAGAAAAUUAUCACCCGGAUAUGAAUUCGGUUGUCCAGUUGCCCAAGGACUUUUAUAAGGGCAAUCCCAAGCGGAGCAAGAGUGAAUAUCCUCGUGAAACUGGUUGGAGCGUUUUGCAUUUCGCUACAGCCACUCAAGAUGUAAAACUACUGCACUUUUUGUUGUCCCACGGAUCCGAUCCUAACCAACGCAUUAUUGUCGCUGGCGUGCCAACUGGCGCUCCUCCUAUGUUGAGUGGUUAUAUAAAAAAGAAGCUCCUUCAUCAAGAAUACUUGCCCACCACCGAUCUACAAACCAUCGAACACGCCAACAAGCUAUUCAACAUCAUCAAACCAGAUUUCGAGCUAUUACUUCCCAACGCAAUCAAGAAGUACAUCGCGUUUGGCGCUAAUCCGUGUGUUGCCGACAAGGAGGGAUACUCAACAUUGAUGAAAGCUGCAGAAUCAUUGGAUCAUGAAAUAAUGGAGGAUCUAUGUACCGCCUAUACCGAGUCGCACUCGUUCGAAGGUAUCGAUAACCGUGACCAGAAACAUCACACUGCACUCAUGUACGCGGUGAAUGCCGUGCAAGAAGCUUUAUCAAGAAGCGAUCAAUCCAUCAACGUACUCACUGUCAAGCAUUUGUUGGUCGCCGGUGCCAAUCCAAACCUCCAUUAUGAAAACGCUUGUGGUGAUACCGUGAUUAUGAAGAUUAUCCGAUCCCAGUAUCUACCUUUGCUAAACACGGUUAUUGAGCACACUCAUUAUCCGAUCGAUCAUUCUGCCGUUAACAAUCAUAUGGAAACUUGUGCAAUUAUCACUUGCAAGAACAAGAAUGAGGAUAUUUCCAAAGCCUACUUUGAUCUUAUGGCAAGCUCUUAUGCAUCUUCUUCAUUUGACGUCAAUGUCAACGACAAAGAAAACAACACCGCACUUCUUAUUGCAUCCAUGUCCGGAAACGAACAUGCAGUCAAUGUGCUUUUGGAAUGCAAGGCUGACCCCAACCAUAUAGUUGGUGCAAACGUCUCCCCUCUCUGCCGGUCUGUGCAAAACUCCUACUUUCAGAUCGCCCAAAGUCUGCUCAAAGCUGGUGCCAACGUCAAUCAUAAGGACGAUCAAGAUCUUUCUCCACUCCACCAUGCCGUUCUCGUCGAAAAAUAUCACCUGGUCAAGCUGAUGAUAGAAUUUGGUGCCAAUGUACAUGCAAUCGAUAAGAAGCAACGUACCGCACUUCACAUUGCUAUCCAGAAAACCAAGAACAUGACUAAUGCUUCGCUCCGAAUUGAACGAUUGCUUCUACAAGGUGGCAGUGAUAUCAAUGCCAAGGAUAUUUUGGGACGUACACCGCUUCAUCUUGCUUUCAUACAUAUGGAUGUCGUUCCUCACAUGCGCAAGAUGGCCACAAUAGCCAAAAAGGUCAAGAAGAUUCGCGAAGACAAGAAGAAUGCCAAGAUAAUGGAAAGCAAGAUAGCCUCAGCAGUCGAAAAAUUCGGCCGGAACACAAAGGAUUCAGGUUCCAAUGAAUGGAUUGCCUAUGCAGUACGAGCGCAUCUUGAAAACAAGCAACGAGAGGAAUCUGGCAGCAAAGGAAAGGAUGGCGAAAAUAUUGUGAUUAUCGAACAAGACGAACUCGCAGACCUAGAACUUUAUGCUCUGUUCCAAUGGGAAAUGGACACCCAAUCGCCAAGCAAAGUCGAUCCCAUUGAUAUCAUCAAGUUCUUGUCAAACUAUGAAGAUAUCCAAUACGACUUACCCGAUCAUUUUGGCCGUACUCCAAUGCAUUACGCUGCUACCGUGGGCGCAUUCUCUUCCACAUCUAUCCUCAUUGCCAAGGGUGUGAACAUCAAUGCCGAGGACUUGGAUCAAAAUACUCCGCUGCAACUUUCUCUUCGUUACAAGCAUGUUGAUUACUCGGUGAUGCUCUGUGAUCAAGGAGCUACACCUACCAGCGUGAUGACUCUUCCUGCGGGUGAUCCAGUGACAACUUUAAACUACAGCUUGUCCCAGGACUUUAUGAACAUGGCAUAUCUGAUUUUGGAUCGUAAUCCAAGCGUAUUAGAAUCGUUGCAAGACGCUUUGCGAACGGGCAAAUUCCAUGUUGCGGAUAUCCUGCUCAAUUCUGCUCCUACUUCCACCCUUUCUGCGACCACACAAGAGGGCCAAAACUUGUGGCACAUAUUUGCCAACUUUAAACCGUUUGACAGUGAGAUUUGGGACGAGUAUUUGACCGACGUCAUUGCUAAAGUAGCUGAGCUUGGAUUAACAUUCGAAGCCGAUGUGCACGGACGUACACCCAUUCAUUAUGCUGCAAUGUACGGACAAAACACGCUAUUGAACAACCUGCUAUCUGCUGGCGGCAGUGAGAUCAACAAGUUAGAUAAAGAUGGUUUAUCCGAGCUCUGGUAUGCGGCAUCGUCCCAUAGCAUUCAAUCUGUUCAGCUGCUGUUAAACGCUGGUGCAUUGACCGGAAAAGGCACAAGCUCGGCAACCAAGGAUUCAGCAUUAUUGCUUGCAGUCAAGAGCAAGGAUAUUUACCUAGUCAAGCUUCUAUUAGAGUCUAGUGCUCCUCGUGAUGAAGAUAGCAUCCACGGAAGACCUAACGCUGUGAUGCAAGCGUGUAUGAACAAAUCUGACAAGAUCUUGAAGGAGCUUCUGCAAGCAGGUGCUGAUCCCAAUGUAACAUCAACUGCUACUUACCACCUGAAAGGCAAGAAAAAGACAUUGGUCAUUCAGCCAGUGUUUAUUGCCACGGAUACGACUUUUGAGGUACUGAUCAACGGUGGAGCCAAUCCGAAUGUCGUGAGUCCAAAGCAAGAGCCCUAUGAAGGCCGAUCUUGCUUUAUGCACUUGAGCAAAUCUACAGCAAACACGGAACUUUUAAAGGUACACUUUUAA